GCAUCAUAUUCUACCUGCAGACGCCAAAAUCGAACAUUUGAAGCUCUUUGCUGCUUUUCAAUACCUUCUACCAUCACCUCUUACGACCUUGCCUACACCCAGCCACUCAAGCCCGCUAGGUCGACAAGAUGCCUAAGAAGAAGCUCGUGACCGAGAAGCAGAUGCGUGAGGAUGAGCAACUCCUCUACAAGCUAUCUAAGAAGAUCCGAGAGCUCCGUAUCGAGACCGAGAUGUCGCGGGUAGCGCAUAGACUAUACCUCCGACGAAUCGCCCGAUUCUGCGCCGAACAAGAGGAGGCAGAAGCACAGAAGCGAGUUGAGGCCAAGGCCCAGGCCGACGGAGAGCAGUCAGCCCAGAAUGCCGCCGCCAAGCCGACAAUCCCGAGAAGCUGUGAGCAUUGCAGCCUCAGCAAUCUUCGCAUCAGCUCCCAGUGCCUUGAGAACGGUGGAUGCACCAACAACUCUACCUAG